AUGUCUUCAUCUGAUAACAGUGGGUCAUAUCAGGGCAAUAAGAAUAUCAUUCUCUGCUUUGAUGGUACAGACAAUACGUUUGGACCAAAUCCAUUCAGUAAUGUUUUGAAGAUUUAUCGAAUGCUUGAUAGUUCGAACUCAGAAAGGCAAAUUUGCUAUUACCAGCCGGGAAUCGGUUCUUCAUUAGAAUAUGAUUCAAAUGUGACGUUCAAUGGAUUGUUUAGCUGGAAAAGAUUAAAAAUGACAUUGGAUUCUGCGAUUGCGUAUAGUUUGGACCAUCAUAUUGUUAGUGCUUAUACUUAUUUGAUGCAUCACUAUGAACCGGGUGAUAAAAUCAUCAUGUUUGGAUUCAGUAGGGGAGCUUUCACAGCUAGAAUUUUAACGGGAAUGCUUGAGAUGGUUGGUCUAUUGAAUAUUGGUCUUGAUGAGAUUGUUUGGAUGGCUUGGAAAAUUUAUGAAGCAUGGGAAUAUGCUGCACAACCUGUUCAACCUUGCUAUACAACUACAUUGGUGGAAGAAUUCAAAAAAACUUUUUCCAGAAACGUUGAUAUAGAAAUUCAUUUUCAAGGUCUCUUUGAUUCUGUUAAUUCCUGUGGUAUAUUAAGGGAUCGCCUUUUCCCAUAUACUGCAAGAAGUGGGAUUGUAAGACAUAUAAGACAUGCUGUUAGCAUUGACGAAAGAAGAGGUAAACUAAAACAACAAUCCUUCUCUCCAAAUCCUUAUAGACCCAAUCUUUUUUCAUUAAAUUAUAGAAACUACGUGGUUGAACGUGAGAAUAUUGUGCCUCGAACACCUUACUACACUAGUUCAAACAAUCAUUUCAUAAAUCAUACAAUCGGUUCUCAUCCGAAUUUGGAUCAUUCGGAUGAAUCAAUACAAGACCUAAUAUCACGAAUUAAUACAUAUCUCGAAGUGGAUCAUACGGAAAGAUCGGAUAAUUUCCUUGAUCAACAAGUUGAAGGAAUCUUUCAAGUUAAUUCACCCAGUGAUACUUUUAAUAGUAACAGGAUGUCAUUGGACCUUGUCGAAAAGUGGUUUCCUGGAGAUCAUUCCGAUGUUGGUGGAAGUUGGCCUCCUGAUAUUAGUGAAGCGAACCACUUUUUAAGUGAUAUCUCAUUGAGGUGGAUUUUAUCAGAAGCUAUAAGAUCAGGUGUGUUAUUUAAAAAAGGUAUAGUCCAUGAAUUUGCGAAAAAAUAUACCUCUGCUGGAAGCCUUGUUUCGGCAUCUCAUGACCUUUUAAGUUUUAAGAAGAGUAUUUUCACAAUGAAAAGCCCGUUCCAAAAUGGUGCAACCAAUAAUGUUGAUAAAGAUAAAAUGGACAGGUACCAUGGUUUUCAAUCUCAAAAACGGAAGCAAGGGUGGUUCUCGUUCCCAUGGAAUAGGGAUGAAAAUAAAGAAUGUUUCAGAACAUUUGACUUGAGGGAUGAUUCUUUACAUUCAAUUAAUGAUAUUGAACAAAGUAUUGAAACAUCUUCGACGCAUAAUAGUAAUUUGAUUAAAAAAAAGCACGAUGGAAGCGGUAAUGUUGGUUUGUUGCAAGUACUAUUUUGGUGGAUUGCAGAAUUAAUUCCGAUUGGAAUUAGGAUCGAAAACGAAAAGUGCCAAUGGAGAAACGUCUAUGUUCCUAAUUUCGGCAGAAGAAGAAAUAUUCCUGAGUGUGGUGAUCUACAUUGGUCAGUUUAUUGGAGGAUUAAAUUAGUGGAUGAUUAUAGACCCAAAAAUUUGCCUGAUUACUGUGUUGAUUUGAUUAAAGACUAUGAGAAUGUUUCUUUACCAAAGAAAAAGAACAUUAAAUCUGACAUUUCGAAACAGAAACAAUCACAGCUGCAACGUCAUGAUCAUGAGUCAGAACAGUUACGACCUCCAGAAAGUAUUGAUAACCAAUGUAACUGCGAAAAAGAUGAUAUCAAUAAACUAAAAGAAAAAUUAUCGGAAUCACUAAUCGAUUGGGGGCAAAACAAUUGGGAAAUAAUACCGGAUGAUCUUGACGAAUUAUUGAAAGAAAACCCGGAAUUAUGA